GUAGCAUGCGCAGCUUUAUCCCAUGGGACUUUUUUUCCCGCGAAAAAACAAAAUGGCGGCAUCAGAAGUUGACGGAAUGUAUCUGGAGAAUUUGGACGAAUUUGUCCACGACGAAGGAAAAGUGGUUACCUAUAAAUCUCUGAGCCAUGCCUUGAAUGUCCACGUCAACCAAGCCAAACAAAUGUUGUUCAGCUUUGUGGAGAAGAGCCAGAAAGAGAAGAAGCCUGUUCAUGUCACCUACCUGGUAAAUGGCAGACUUAAGACUGAAGAUGGCAUGAUGUGCAAAGUUUGUGUAGCCAAGGAAGGCAAUCUGGAAGCUGUGAAGUCCUCCCUUGACACAGUUUCCAGUGUCCAUGUGUACAGUGUGCAGAAAGCUGACCUCAAGGACUCUAACCCCCUGUACAUGUCAGACUAUGACAUCAACAAGAACGUACAACUGUCCUCCAGCUUGAGUGGUGUUAAGUGUCCACAAGCCCAACCUCGAGGUUCCGAUGAAAUUGACCAGCUUGAAGAGGAGAAGAGGUUACAAGUGCUGUCCAGCUCACAAGCGUCUAGCAGCAAGCAGCCAGUAACUGGCAAAGUCCAACCUAAAAAGGAGAGCCAGCAGUUGAAGGCUGCCUCUUCCACAGCAAGUGCACCUCCGCCCAAGACAGGGAAAGCCAAGGGACAGACCACAAUGGCUCAGAUGUUUACAAAGAAGGCCACAAAGGAACAGGAGACAGGUGAAACAGCAAAAACAGACAAUGGAGGAAAGGAAAACAAGGAUAGCAAGAAUGUACCAACUGGUGGAAAAGCCAAACCUAAAAUGGGAGGAAUGAUGGCAUUUAUCAAUAAAAAUCCUACUGUUAAAUGUAGUGACUCGUCCAAAGAAUUGAGUAAACCAUCUGAGCAGAAAAAUGGAAAACAAGAGAAAAAGAUAAAGCAGGAAGAGAACACAAAGAAAGAAACAAGCAAGAAAACAAACAAAACAUCAGCAAAAGGAAAAGAGGAUGCAAGAAAAAGUGGUGCCAAGUCAAAGAAAAUCAAAGACAUGUCAUCAUCAGAUGAAGAUGAAGACUUGGCCCCAAAGAAGAAGAAAAGGAGAAGAAUACAGCAGCCAGAGUCGUCCAGUAGCAGUGAGGAAGAGAUGUCGGAAGACGAGAUUGUGAUUCCCCCAACUCCACCCCCAGAGCCUCGUGCCCUUUCCCCCUCACCUCCCCCCUCCCCUGAACCCUCCCCUCCCCCCUCACCACAACCUGACACCAAGAAGACCACCAAAGCUGUGAAUGGUGCAGGGGAGAAGAGGAGGAAACACAAGAGAGUUCUCAAGUCUAAGCAGUUUGUCAAUGAGGAUGGAUUCAUGGUGACUGAGAAAGUCUGGGAGAGUGAAUCCACAGAUGCUUCAGAUGUGGAAGAAGACAAAGUCAAACCAGCCAAAACCACUACUCAGACCAAGCAACCUUCUCCGGAAAAGAAGAAGGCAUCUCCUGUAGGAAAAUCCACCAAACAGGCCGGAAUCAUGAGUUUCUUUAAAAAGAAGGCAGCUUGAAGUUAAGCUUGUCAUUGUCAAACAUUAAAGAUACUAAGAAAGAAUCAAUAUUGUCAAAAAAUAAUCAAACAUUCUAUUUUUGAGAAUAGAUUGCAACAAAUAGAUUUACUACCAGUUUUGAAAAAAAAUUACUUUUGACUUCGAUGUGAUCAUGAAUUGUACGAUUUAGUACACACAUAGAGAGAUAUUAUUUUUCAUCAUCACUGUCAGGAGGACUUUGGAACGGAGCUGGCUGGAUGAAUGCUUUGCUGGCAUUUCACUGCGCAUGCUCAGAUGAAUGUAAUUUUUCUUUCUGGAAAUCAUAAAACAAAUUUAGAUUUCUCAUCUGUAGUUACAGGGGGAUUUUGUAUGAAGUAUACUAACAAGGUGAGCUGUGAUUUAAGAGGGAAAAGUUAUAAAUAGCACAAAUGAUGUAAGUUUAUCCUUUGUCACUUCAUUAUUGUACAACCUAGAUUGAUAAUGUCCUUGGUAUAAUGGAUAAACUUUGCUUAUUUCCAUUCCUGUACAUUAGUAGCAAAACCACCUAAUAUCCUCUAUAUUAAACUU